AUGCCCAAUCUUAGCACAGGCCCGAGUGGAAAUGACCUGGUGAUUAGAUAUAGCACAAACCAAGAAUGGUCUACCAAUAACAACCACAGUUCAACAACAAGAACCAGCAGUGACAAUCUAUGUAGACACCUUCGACACAGGUUGGGAAGUCACCUCCACUGCAGUGUAGACAGUUGGUUGGAAGAGACAGCAUUCCCCAUUCUACAACAACUAGCCCUGAACGUGCAGAUUUUCUGUAACAAGUACAAUCUGAAGACAAUACUUCCAGUAAACCCAGAAAAGAUUUGGGAUAUUGACAGUGGAUGCAUUUGCCGCAUGGGAAAAUAUCUGGUUGCCAACCUUUUGGAGCUACAAGCUGAACCCAGCAGUCGUUGUGACCAAUGCUUUCGCACAAUCGUGACCAACAACAGAACUAUAUUUACAUCCACUAUGGAAGUUGAUCCCUCAGUUCCUCCAAAAGAUCAGGCAGAAUCGAGUCAAGAGAGCAGUGCAGAUGACCCCAAAUUGUCUAAGUCAGUAUUGGUGGCCAAUGGUAAUGAUGCAAAUGGUAGGAAAACCAAUGAUUCUGCCAAUAAGCCAAUGGUGGUCCUUAGCCACAUAGAUAUUGUCAACAAAAACCAGAAGAAGUCUGGGUUAAGUCAAACCGCAAGUACAUAUAUACAAGGAACAGUCAGAAACAGUAGCAGCAAGGCGUAUGAUUGGAUAUGGAAGAAAUUUUCUGAAUGGUACCAGAAAAUGGAUCCUAUAUUGAAUAUUGAAGACUACAAUCCUACCCUCAUGAUCUGCAAUUGCAUCUGUGUAUGUGACGAUGUGGCACCUCAGAGUGACGAUUUGUUCAGUAUCACAGAACCAAUAAGUGGGCUAACUCUUGUCUCCAGGGUGCCAAAAGAAGGCAAAUUCAAGAUUUCUCGUCUUAGAUCUCUAGAAGAUGAACCAGUAUUAUGUCCUGUACAGACUUUGAUUAUCUCUAUCAACUGUACACAAGCAAAGAGAACUGAACUACCUGAGGAUCACUCACUUUUCCUUGCCUACGUGGAUCACCCGGUUGAGAAAUUAUCUUCAGCAUUAGGAAAGGCAGUAGUAGGAUGGAUAAAGACGAUGAUAGAAAAUUUGGGGGUGGAUACAACAUUGUUCACGCCCCACUCUCAACGAGCAGCCUCGAGCACAAGAGCAAAAUACUACCUCAAGCCAAAUAACCAACAUGAAGAGAGUUCAGCCUUGGUAAAGAUCAUUUUUACUGCUAACAAUACAGAGAAAGAUAGCAUAUCUGGAGUCGAAGCAAAGGCUACGACUAUUGUGGCUGAUACAACCCAUAAUAGGACAGUUGUCAAAGCUGAGACAAGAGAUAUGAUGGACACCCGCCUAUAG